AUUAACUGUUACAAAUGAGCAGCUAUAUCAACGAUAGCUCAGGGAUUCAGCACACUGAUGAUUAUGAGGACCCUCAAAGAGGCUAUGAGGACAUUCUGAGAGACAUGACUAGACAAUUCUCCACGAAGAAGAUGACCCUCCAGCAAUAUAAUUACCUGGUUGUAAAGUUCAUCAGCAGUACUUCAGCCUCCUGAUUCAACUAUAUUUAUGAGAAUAAGCUAAGUAAUUACUACUCGUGCUCCCUGGAAAAUAAGAGAGAGGUUACUGACUUUAAUGCAGAGAUGGAGAAGUCAAUCACUGACUUCUCUAAAGAUUUGGCAGCUGUAACCUCUUCCAUCAUUGAAGAGGAGUGAAAGAAGUUCGUCAGCCAAAAAUUGGCUCUGGAUCCAUCCUUUCGAGGUGCAGAUAAAGAAAACCCGACCGAGUAUAAAUCCUACCUUGCUGAUAAGACUUCUCUGGAUUUUGAGGAGAAAAAGACACCUAUUUCUUAUGGAAAAAGUUAUAUCCAGACUUUGUCUGCUAAAAGAGUUUGAAACUCAGCCAAAAGAGACUUACGUUCCAAACUCUCGCAGGUGAGAGGUGACUCUACUCUUUACUCCAACUUAAAGUAAGGGAUUUAAGGCGUAUACAAGAAGGAACCUGAGUAACCGUAACAAAUCGUGGCUUAAUAAAUCCGCCACAAAAACAUGUGAGAAAUUAACUGCAAGCCAGCCAAGGGUUUCCCAGAAAAAUAUGAACAGCAGUAGAUCUCGCAACAGAGUAAAUAAGAUCGGGUCAAGCAAGACUAGUUGUUCAAAUCUAACAGACUGUGCACUUGAUCCUCAGAAUUGAUCGCUUCAACAAGAAAGCUCAGUGUUCUCUAGUCAGAACCAAGUUCCUCAAGAUAGUGCACUAUCUCCGCGUGAAUGGAUCAAGAAGAUGGAUAGGAGGAUGGAUAAGACAAUCAAGCUGUCUAGGAUCAAUCUCUAUAAUGCUUGAUAUCCCCCUUAAUUCUCCAGCAACAUUUCCAAUCUG